AUGAAGGGCCCACCUCAAAGCAUCACUAUAUUCACCCCGCCUCUACGAAGAAUCAAACAAGUCCCGGUGCACACCGGCCCACCCCCAGGCUCCAGCAACUCCGAAAAUAUAUACCUCAGAAUACGCAGGAGUCCUGGUGGGCGGACAGUCUACAUCCUAGGUCCGCACGGUGAAGUGAAACACCAGGGCCUCCAAGACGUGCUCGACUUCGAGUUUCAAAACCUCAACAACACGCGUUCCAAGCCUCCUAGAGCCACAGUACAGGUCUUGUGGCCCUAUGAACGGACGCCAGGGGAUAUACUCACCGUCGAGUUUGUGGAGUACAGGUAUCUCUUUAUAUUCCGUCUUGUGAACGGGGUCAUGAGUUGGUACUUCUCGUACAUUGGGGACUGCGAGGAAACUCUGAAACAUUUGAAAAAAAUCCAUGAGUUGGUGAGAACUCAUAUUUUCUACGAAUGUAUAUUGCUCUAUACAGAGAGCAGGAACAUGAAGGUGCUGCAGGCGAUACUAGAGUAUACGGGGAAGAAGGGGAGGAUCUGUCCAAGAUGGAUCGAAAUGGACGAUGACAGCAAACCGCAUGAGCAUGUCGUAGUAAAAAUAUCUACAGACAAGACGCUUUAUCAUCCGGACCAGGUGAUUAAGGGCCAGAGGUGGAGUACCACGCAUUAUAUAUGUGAGGAUACGCCUUGUACUGAGCUAUUUAAGACAAUUUGCCCGGAGGAGGAGAUGAAGUUCACGUUGCGGAUGAGGUGGACGGACGAGACUUAUGAUAUACACUACUGGAAGGGUAUGAAGGAGCCAUUUAAGCUGACGGUGAUGGAGAAGAUGGUUAGGAGCGGGGGGGUACAGCCACUGUGGUUUGUGCCGUCGGCAGCGCCGAUUAAUGGCGAAGAUGGGAAUGUAUACGUGCUUCAGGAGGAUCUUGACGAGUAUGAUCGUUUAACUUUUGUUGGUGUCCACCCCACUGCGGACGACUUUCUAGGGUUUAGAUAUCGUCAGAUGCAUGGAUUUCAGCAAGCGGCAAUAUCAUCGCAGAAACACUGGAAGAACCGGCGCCCUACAGGCUCAACCAGUCAAACGGAGCUUGUUGUUGGACCCCAGUUACUAAAAUAA